AAUGAUAUUUUGUUGUGAUAGGAAAUUUAAUUAAUAAAAAUAUUCUUUUGUGAUUAUGAAAAUAAUUUCAAAUUAAUUUUACCUUUAUAAAUGUGUUCAUAUACAAAUUCUUGAAUAUAUUUCAUAUAGUAAACUCUUAUAACGUCUGUUCAGUUGUUGAAUUCUCUUCCGGAUGUAUACUAUUUCUCUUGCUAAAAAAAGAAAAUUGGUUUCGUACUUUUCGAUGAUUUAUAAUACCCCCAUGAUACAAAUGUUUUGCUAAUUACUUAAACUUAUAGAUUCGUUUAAUGUCCUAGUACGGCUUCAUUCAUUGUAGGUGGUCUGGCCGUCAAGCUGUUUCUACUUAUCAUCUGUACUAUUAAAGAAAUAUCUGGUGUUUUGUUAAUUUUCCCCUAUUUUUUGGUCGAAUUAGUCACAGUACUUUUCUGUUGACUAUUAACUUGAAUGUGCUAUAAACAACGCUUUGAAUUGUUUUCUUUUAAAAAAAAUCAACUAUCCAAAACUUAAUUGUACAAUUAUUGUACUUUUAUUUGUAAAUUAGUUAUAGAACACAUUAUAUACUCGUAUGUUUACUGGAGAAUGAAUCUAUGAAAUUUUCUAUGACAGAAUACUGUUCAAAAGUAAUCAAAUCAAAUUUUUCAAACUUAGUCCUUACUUACUCAAAAUUAUAAUUAUAUUUUUUAAAUAUGUCAACUGAAAAUGAUCCAGACAAGCCUCUUCCAGAUUUAGUUCUUGAUAUCGAUUGUCCAGAUACAAGUGAUGUGUUUUCAAAUAUUGAAACAUCUGUCUGGUCUGGGAGAACUGUGAAAAAUGGCUUUGAUUUACCGACAUCUUGUUCUGCUCACAGCAAUAAACUUGAAAAUUGUAAACAAUUAAGUGAUGAGCAAACCUCUGGAAAAAUAGAAAACAGGGUUACACCUCGUAGAGCCCAAUUUAGUAGAGGAGCUAGUAAGUCAAAAAAUGAAAGCCCAUCAAAUGUUAGGCCUUGUGAGCAACAUACAUUUCUUACUGAUAUUACUGAAGUGCGGCAGAUGGAACAAGGUCUUCUGCAGCUUCUAGAUGAUUUCCAUUUAGGAAAAUUGCAAGCAUUCGGUAAAAAUUGCACAUUUGAAAAGAUGGAGCAAGUACGCGAGCAGCAGGAAAGGCUUGCUCGUGUACAUUUUGAACUAAAUGCUCAACAAGAAAUACCCCAAUCUGAAGAUGCGCGACGUCUUGGAAGAGAAAAUCUGAGAAAAUUAAUUGACAAUUUACAACAGUUAAGUCGAAGUAUUGAACAGCUACAAAUUUCAAAUUCUAAUUUGCAAACUGAUGUUUAACUAUGAUAUAUGAAUUUUAACAUUAGAUUUUUUCCUUUUGUGAAUUUAACUGCAUAUCAAGUCAAGGAAUGAACAUUUAAAACAUUAGUUUCCUUCUUAUUUUUUUUCUUACCAAUUUAUUAUUGCUAUUGUGAUAAAUUUUUUUAUAUUUGAAUCUAUAAUUAUCUAACAUUUCUUAGCUUAAUUUUACUUAUGUUUAAAAGUGCUUCUAUUGAAAGAGUUAUAGUAUUUUAAUAAAAUAAAAAGAUUAAAGUGAC